GUCUUUGGCCAUCUGUAAGCGGUCGGGGCCACUGCAGCGCCUCGUACGACAGCGAUAGGAGAAAAUGCUCCGGCGGCCAGCAGACAGAAUAAUAACCACUAUGGUGGCAACUGUGGAACCAUCAAAGCUCCCUUGUGAUCAUGGGAGCCAAUCUUUAUCCACAAGCAAAGAGAAGAAGACUUGCUUCGUUCGUGUAAUCUGCAGUCAAAACGAAGGUCUCCCUUCCUGGGAGCAGAUUGUGUUCCACGAGUCGAGAGUCUCAAUUAAAGGAGGAGGAGGAGGAGGAGGAGUUCUGCUAUCAGUCCUUUGUUGACAUGGGGUUUCCGGUGGGCUGCUCCGAGCUGAUCGUGCCAUUAACGCUCCUCCGCAUAGCUUUGCUCCUGGGCCACCUGCGACGCCUCCUCUUCCUGGUCUUCGACGUCAUCCCCUGGCCCGACAACUCCAGCAGCAUUAGCCGCGGCAGCAGAUGGAACCAGCCGUUGCAGUCGGCGUCGGCGACGCUGACCAUCGGAGGGGCGCUUCCGGUGGUGAAGUACGAGGAACUGCCGGAGGCCGACGACGGCUGCGCGGUGUGCUUGUGCGAGCUGGAGCACGGGGACGAGGUGCGGCGGCUAAGCAACUGCCGCCACGUCUUCCAUCGUGGCUGCCUGGACCGGUGGGUGGAGCACGACCAGAGCACCUGCCCGCUCUGCCGGGCUCCUCUCGUCCCGGUGGAGAUGCGCUGGGCCUCCGCCACGGAUUCUUACUACAACGACGACGACAACGACGACGACUGCUUGUCGAUCGACUCUUCUCUUCAUCUUUAGGUAAUGGCGUCAUACAAUAGCGUGAUCUCUGCACUUUGGCUCUGCUGAUCUCUACACAGGGAGUUCACGUCACUGAUCUAAAGAAAGCUAUUGGUUUGAGCAAGAUGAAGAUUCAAGAGACCUCAUCUAAAGUAGCUAAAUCUUUCUUCUUCAAGUCCUUCCUCUCUUACACUCAUCAGUACUCAACAUCUCAGCUCUUGGACUCCUCCAUGCUUCUGCUUCCAUGAAGCUCCAAAGACCAUAAUACCUCUGCUUCAGAUGAGGUUAUGUCGAGCAGUGUCACCUUUCAAUCACUCUCUAUGUAGACAACUUCUUUACCACAGUAUCAUCCACAAAUUUGGACCAA